UCCAUAUAUGCUUGCUAGCUAAUUUUUGAAUCGGGUUAUUUUGGGUCCUCUAUGUUUUCCCACAUUGUCACUGCGGCAAAGGGUCUAUUUACUCGACAGGAUACCGACGAAGCACAUUCGAAAAAGUCUAACAUUACCUUAUCAGAUAGCUCAAUCGCUGGCAAACCGAAGAUGGUCACAGCAACGAGACGACGGAAGAUUUCCGAUAUUGUUCCGGAGGAGGAGCCCCAGAUCAAUGAACGAAAAGAGGUGAAUGGAAAGCGCAAGUCCGGGCCCGCCGGUUCUGGGAAGACGGAAGCUCAGCGCAACAAACGGAGAAAGCAAACUAGUCUUGAAGCCACCGAAGAAACUGAGAGUGGGACUCCGGGAGAGCUUUCAGAAGAUACCAAGAAUACGAAUCCCAAACAGGAGGCGAGACUGGCCCCGCCGGCGAAGAAGCAUUUCCGAUUUGACAGUGAAGAACCCGAGUUACCGAUGGAUGCGCAGGUAGAGGAAACGGCGGAGACACAACAGGCGAAGGACAGUGGCGAUGACAGUAGUGACGACGAUGACGCUCCCGAAGCAGUGGAUAAUUCUGCCCAGUUAUCUAAGAUCAGAUCAGAGGCUAAAAAGUUGGAAAGGGCCCGGCAAAUUGAGGAAGAGUUGAAACGGGAGAAGAGAAAGCAGUUGGAUGCGCUGCGUAAAUCGCAAGCGAAAGUUUCGAAGAAGAAAGAAAAGCCCGUGGACGAUCUACUAUCUGAAAGCACGGAGACUCUUCAAGGAUCCAGUACACAAGAUGUACGACGAUCGGCUUUGCCCGCACUUCUCCCCGAUGAUAUCCUGAGUGCGGCUCCUGUCGCAAGACCUCCUACUCCACCUGCAGAAGGAAGCAAUGCCGUCCAAAAAAAGCCAACCAAGUUGAAGUUCCUCGAAAAGUCUGAAAAGCGCCCGAAGGAUGUAAAGAUGGGCGAUGUUACCAUUCGAGUGCUGGACGACAUUUCGCAGAAGAAGAAAGCCAAAACGUCCCUACCCCCGAAAGCCUCGAAAUCUAGCCGGAGUAGCAGGCAGACAUGGCUCGAUCGGGGUCGCAGCACCGGGCACAUCAAUGGUUUAAGAAGGACAGCCGGCGGCGGUUCUGGCUUUGUACGCAAGUAGGAAGUCUGGUCGUCACCUUUAAUUCCCGACUGGGGCUCAAGAUUGAAUAGAAUCAAGUAUUCUUACGACAAUCACCCUUGAGACAAAGCGGAAUAAGCGCAGUUAAUGUCCCCGGUUGGUCUAUAUAUCCCAGUACAUCAACGUCGAGGGGUUGGUUUCACAUCCUCUGCAGUGCAAAGGGUCCAGGUAGGCCUUGUUCCGGUUACAGGCUACAGCAAGCAGAUCACGAUUCAUACAGCUGAAUUAUGCUUCACAAAAUGGGAAUUCCUGUACAGAAAUGUAAUGUUCAGCAAAUAGGUAGAUAUUGAACAUGGUUGUGUUAGGCGUCUGAUG